CUCAACGGUUCAAAUCCAACGUCUCUCUCUCUCUCUCUCUCUCUCUCUCACCAAACUCUCAAACCACCCAACUCUUCUCAUCGUCAAUCACACAGUUCACCGCCAUCUCACUCCUUCGCUUCCCUCUCCUUCGGAAUCUCCAAUUUUGCCUUUCAUUUUACUGUGUCACCAACACAUUACCUCUGCAAUUCUCAUCCACAAAUCCUCCACCAUUCAUCUUCUCUCUCUCUCUCUCUCUGUAAAUAUAGGUAUUAAUUUGAAAACCAUUGAUUCACCUCUUCUUGUUCAUUUUUCUUCUAAGAAAGUUCAGAUUUUUUUUUCAAAUUCUAGAUAUAUAGAGAAAAAGAGAUGUGGGUCUGUGAUGAAUGUCGGGAUCGAUUGUAUUGAUAUGUUUUCUGUCUCUUCUUUCCUUAUCUUCAAAUGAAUUCUUUGAGAAACCAUUGAUUUCGCAAUUCCGUAUUAGAUUUUCGAAAAAAAUGGCGUCUUCGCAGGUAGAAAUCACUUCCUCUGCGCCUUUCGGUUGUGUUCUGAGAGAUCACAACCGGCGAGAACGAUGCAGCAGAGAAAUCAACGCCCGAAAUGCUUUCCAGAAAAAUCUCAAACACUUGGUGUGCAUUUCAAGUUCGGCCCCUGAUGAGAAUACUCAAGAUGAGAAUUUUCAAAUUCACGACCACCAUGAGAAUCAGGGGGAGGAAUUGUCACCCAACAGCGAGAGACACGGCCAAGUUCUUGAUAGGUGGGCACGAGCUCGAGAAAUGGUGACCGCCAUUGAUAAACAGAGUGGAGAGCAGAGAGAGAAUUCUCCGACUCAAUCUGACGCCUCUGCCGAAAUUCCCAAUCUGGGUGGCGUUUCUACUCUUGUUCAGAGGUGGAGGGACUUAGCUGAGGCUGCUCUGAAUCAAAACGCCAACAAAAACAACCCCAAUUGGUCUUCCUCCCCUGUUUCCAUCUCUGUCAACACCAAUUACAACCCUGAAAACUCUUCAUUCGUCGAUGCAACGCCAUCUGAAACCCGUGAAUCUGUCGAUGAAAGGCUCGACUUCCCUUCUGUAAUGAUAGAGGACUCAUUCAUUGACUGGGAAUCGGACAGGAUGGCCCCGAGCGGACCCCCUUCCGAGGAUGCAGGAAGAGGAGAGGGUGGAGCGGAGAGAGAGAGGGUGAGAGUGGCAGAUGUGAUUAGGAGGUUGACACUGAAAGCUGAGAAUCAAAUUCAGGGCUCUCAUGAUUCAGAGCAUCAGAGUUUUGGGAAUGAAUUGUUGCCUAGGCUGCGAACAUUGUCAGCAUUGGAUCAUCAUCAACAAGAAAAUAGGUGUUUAUCGCCUGUCAUAAACUCGCCCUGUAUUCGAGGGCGUCAAGCAUUCAAUGAUUUGCUUAUGCAAUUGGAGGGCGACAGGCUUAGGGAGCUCGAUUCCCUGGUGGAGCGUCGAGCAGUUUCAAGAUUCUCCCAUAAAGGCCGCAUUCAGACAAUGCUUCGCAUUAGAUUCCUACGCCGCGAAGCAGAUGUUGGGCAUCAAGAGCAUCCAUGUUCAGUGCCAACUGGGGUUCAAAAGCGUUUGCGUCAUGAAGCAGCAAUUGAGGCUCAACAGCAUUCGCAUUCAAGGGUAGUUGGGGAUCAACAACAUUCCUGUCAUGAAGAACUAGUCAGAGAUGAACCACACCUGCAUUGUGAAGCAGCUGUUGUAGAGGCUCCACAGCAUUCACAUUCAGUGGAAGUCAGGCCUCAACAGCAGCAUUCAUGUCAUGGAGGAGUUGUCAGAGAUCAGGAAAAUUUAUGUCAUAAAGCAGGAGUUGGGUCUCAGCAGCAUUCAAAUUUGACGAUAACAACGGGGCUUCAACAGCCUUCAGAUUCAGCUGAAGUUGGGGCUCAACAGCAUUCAAGUCAUGAAGCAGCAAUUGGGAAUCAACAGCAUUCGUAUACAGAAGCAGAGGAGGUUGAACAAAACUCACCAGUACUUAGUGAUAGACAAGAUUCACAUUCAACGGCAUCUAAAUCAGGGCAACCUAGACAAUGUUCAACAGUAGUGCUUCUAAGGGAGAAAUUUGACGUACACGUUGAGCAUGAUGCAGCUGAUCUGAAAAUCCACCACAAAUUUGUGGUAAAUAACAUUCCAGAUGUGAAAAUUUCUUCUACCUCCAAUCAAUCUAGGGAAGAGCCUCAUCAUCAGGAAGUUAAUAAUAGCACUGAGCAGCAAAGUACAUUUUCAACAGAAGAUGUUAAUGAAGAAGCUAGUCCAAGUUCAUAUACUGCAUGGGAAGGAGCAAGCUAUGAGUCUUGCAAUCUUGACUCACAAGAAUCUUCAGACAGAUUGACAAGCAAAUACUGCUUGGAAGAGAAUGUGAACGCAGAAGAGCAAGAUGCCAAUAAUGAGGAGCCAAUAGCAACCAAUGAGGACACGAUAAGUGAUGUUUCUCAUCCACAGGGUGAUUGGGAAGAACAAGAGGCCAGUAAUCGGCAGCAAAUGGGAAUCUAUCAAGACUGGAUAAGUGAGGUUUCUCGCACUUGGAGUGAGUGGGACGAAGAAGAGGCCAAUAACCAGCAGAUAACAAAUCAAGAUUGGAUAAGUGAAGUUUCUCGGCCAAGGAGUGAUUGGGAAGGUCUCAGGCAAGCAAGGUACCAGGAGAUGCUUGAUCCUUACGUGCACAAUGAAGAUAUACGACAACUCCUUGAAAGGAGAGGUGUAUCAACAUUUCUUUCAAGUAAUUUACGAGACAAAAUGGACCAAUUGAUGAUUUCUCGAGUGGAAAGACUACCACAUGCAAUGGAAAAUCAGCAAGAAGAAGAUAAUGGUUUACACUAUAGACUAGAACAAUUAAUGAGGUCUCACAUACAAAGGCAAACGCAUACGAUAAACAGUCAGCAAGAAGACGAAGAAGAAGAGGAGGAGCAAGUGGAAGAGGAAGAAGAGAGCUCAAGUGGACCACAAUAUAAUGAAGUCAGUGACUAUGUGGAUCAAGUUGUAUCUGGUGUGAGGUCAUGGAGUCAUGAUACUGAUCACGAAGUCAGUUGUAAUUCUGAUCAAGCUGUAUCUCCAUCAUUGCAACAACCCCAGUCAUCUGAGUCUUCCUCUCCAGAAAGUCAACCCUGCUAUUCUUUCACCAAUCAUUCUUCAGUUGAAAUGGAGCUCAUGUAUGAUUUGAGAGGGCACAUGGAGCAGCUGCACCGUGAGAUGUCUGAGCUCCGAAAAUCAAUAAAUAGUUGCAUGAACAUGCAGACAAAAAUGCAACGCUCCAUUAAGAAGGUGGUUGCAGCUGCUGUAAAUAGCUCAGUUAGAGGGGUGGAGAAGAAGUCACUCAUUGAGGCUCCAAUAAAAAGAGUUUGUUGUGUUUGCUUGGAAAUGCAAGUUGAUGCUCUCUUGUACAGAUGUGGUCACAUGUGCACCUGUUUUAAGUGUGCCCAUGAGCUGCAAUGGAGUAGCGGUAAAUGCCCAAUAUGUCGAGCACCAAUAGUUGAUGUUGUUCGGGCAUAUGUUAAUGAUUCCUAAGGAACUGGUGAACGAGUUCUUGCACAGAGGACCGUCUCUAAUCUAAAUUUUGAUUCAACACGAGACACAAGUUGAAAUUCUAAUUUUCUUUUCUAUUUUUUCUGUGUUCAUGGGUUUUUUAUUUUGAUUUUACUUUGUUUAUAGAAGGCCAUGUUAACAAUUGAAUUAUUGUAUUUAUUGAUUUUUAAACAAGAAAGUCACUAAACAGUGCUUUCCUUUUGUAAGUAUGUAAUAUUGUAAAUGUUGUAACAAUCUUGAUUUAUACUAAUUUUGUUGAAAUGAUGCCAGAAUUUUCCUUUGCACCAUAA